GAUUUCUUUUCCGGUUCAUCCAGACCAACGUUCCAGUGUUUGGAAGUCUGAUUGUAAAGAUGGUAGAUGAAGCUGGUGACAGGGAUGAUUCCUCAAAUGUUGCCAUCAUCAAAGAGGUAUACGAUAAUGAAAAUGCACAUGAGACAUUUGAAUAUGAACUAGAAAGAGCAUUAGAAUCUGAAUGCAGUUUAAUUGUUAUUGAGCCAUCUAAAUUAGGUGAUGAAACCUCCAGGUGGAUAGCAGUAGGAAAUUGUCUUCAUAAGACUGCAGCAUUGUCUGGUCUUGCUGCCAUAACUACAGGUUUGAUUUGGGGUGACCAGCCCUAUAUUUGUGGUCCAUUAGGUUUUAUAUCUGUAAUAUCCUGUGGACUUUAUACUGUUUCUUGGCAGUUUGACCCCUGCUGCCAAUAUCAAGUAGAGACUGACACGAGCAAAUUGCCGCAUGUAGAAUUGUUAGCAGUUCUAGGACCAUCGUCUCCAACAUUUCUCGUAAGAAAAGAUGAUACAAGAAGAAGAAUUCUUCACACGACUAUUACAUUGGUAGCUCUCAGCAUCAGUGCUUGGAGAGUUUAUCAGGCAUUUAAAUGAAAUGUUCUGCCAAGAAAGAAAAAAAUCUGAGUUUUAAAAAAGAGUAAGGUAGGCCAUACGAUAUAUUGUAAAAGAUCGUAAUAAGGCCUAGCAUAGAAAUCUGUGAAUUACAAUUUCAUGUAAAUUAGUGGGGAUUGUUGAGUCACGCAAAUCUAUUUUUGUUUGAUGUUUAUAUUUCUUUUAUGUUUUGACACUACCUCACAGGUGGAUGCUGAUUUUACAAUAAAAGAGAAAAUAUCUAAUAAAACAGACUAAAAAAAAGCCUGUUCUAAAACCACUUUGAAUCUAAAACAUGAUACUUCUUAAGGCUCCACAUUGUUACUCUAUGAUCUUCAUCUUGUUGAUUAUAUCACAGUUAAUAUUAACACAAGAAAGACACAAUCAUAUUCAUGCAAUCACUUAUGUGAUAUAGCUACUAAUAUAAGUGUUCUUAGAUUUAUGCAAAAUUGCAAACGUACACCUGAAAGGUUGGACUUGAACUAUAUAUUUUUAGAGUGUAAAUAAAGUAGAUAGAAUACACUGCAUAUGAUGUAUUAAAGAGAAUGUUGCCUAGAUUUUCUCACCCAGUGAUAUAGUCCACUAUGCAAAAGAUAUUAAUAUUCGGAAAAGCCAUUCUUGAAAAUAUCUAAAAAAAAUUUGUCCUAGUAUUAUUUGGCAAACAUCUUAAUCAACAUAAUACACAAAACUUUUGUUAAUUACAUAAGACUCUUAUCAUGCUAUAUACAAACAUAUGGGAUAUCAAGUUAAACGUCACAAACAUUUCUGUAAGUGAAUGAUAAUAAUAAAUAUUACAUCACGUAAUAUAAGAAAUUUUUAGAUACAUUUUAAGUUGAGUAAUGUGUCAAAUAAUUCUUGCAAAUUACUUGUAAAUAUAAACAAAAUAUACCAACAUCUAAGAUUUUAUGACUACAUAACAGAUAUAACACAAAAUUGUUAUUUACAUAUUUACAUGAUAUGUAAGGAAAUCUAAUUGCAUUAGACAAAUCUUGAGUACUGUAUAUCUACUUUUCUUUAACAUAAACAAAAUGUAAAGUUUA